AAAGAUCCUAUAGCAAGGAUCUUUGAGCCAAAUCGCACAGCGACUUGGGGCGAAAUGUCCGUGUAAAGGGGCGCGGUAGUGUUGCCAUGGUGGGCUUCGCUGUUACCACCUCCUGUUUAGACUGAGAGUUGUAUGUGUGGUCUGUGCAGCGAUGGCGUCGCGACCCCGAGGAGUUGGGAGAGAGGGAGGGACUGGGCGAGGGGAAAUCCUCAUCGUUUUACCAGAAAGUCUCCGCAGUGAAAACGGCAACUUUCAGAGCGUACAAACUCGGUACAGAGAGCACCCGUGGUCAGUAUCGAACCGGGAUCUCUGGCGCUGUAAGGCAAAAACUCUACAGAAAGGCAGCAGCAGCAGAAAGGCAGCAACGCCACUGUGCCUCCCUUGAUUUUUGCAUCGGAGUCCCCGGGUAUCCACCCGGUCGGUCACCGCACCCCCGAUAACUUCAGCGCUGUUUGCAACCACCGCUGCUCCCGCCUGGAGUUUGUUGGCUACAGUCGAGCGGUGCACACCUCCACGCUUCCAGACCUCACAUACCGGAAAGUGUCGACGGUGAAAGACAAUGUUUGGUUUCCAUAAAUCCAAAAUCUACAGGAGCUUAGAAGGCUGUUGCAUUUGCAAGACCAAAUCUUCCAGCUCCCGUUUCACCGACAGUGGACGAUAUGAGGAAAGCUUUAAACUUUGUUUCGGUUUGAUAGAAGCACGGAUGGGAGAUAUCUGUAAUGCAUGUGUCCUUCUGGUGAAGAGAUGGAUAAAACUGCCUGCUGGAUCAAAAAAAAAUUGGAGUCAUGUAGUUGAUGCACGAGCUGGUCCAGGCCUUAAAACACUUGUGAAGCCUAAGAAAAGGAAAGCCGGCAAUGAUAUUAAAAAGCAGAAUAAAUUGAAGCGUCUCCAGCAAAAACUAAAAAGACAGAAUUCGGAUGCACAUAGCACAACGUCUAGUAUUUCACCUUCACAGUCGCCUACCUACAGCAACCAAUCUGAUGAAGAGUCAGAUACAGAAACCCAGAAAGCUCUUUCCUUGCAACCAGUCUUUUCGUUUCUGGAUCUGACAUACUGGAAAAGGCAAAAGAUUUGCUGUGGCAUUAUCUACAAGGGUCGUUUUGGUGAGGUGCUGAUUGAUCCUCGUCUUUUUAAACCUUGUUGUGGUACAAAAAAGAACUCCAAAGCUACAACAGAGGUUGAAACAGCACUUCAGAUUAUUCAAGGAAAACGGUAAUAUGUUCUGCAGCAACUGGACAUUCACCUCUGGUCACAGCCUGUAUUUGUCUUUUUGUCUCCAGUGGCAGACUUUAAGAAUUUGAUAUCAUUUUGUCCAAGUCAUCUCAUUUCUCUUGAUGAGUAAUUGCAUUUCUCUUGAUCAGUAACUGCUUGAAGCAGUGAACUCGGUUUUAUAAAUCUCCAGUGUGCUAGUUAUUUUAAAAGUAGGCUGGCCAUUCAUUGACGUUUUGUUUGAAAUCUCCAGGCGUACAUUUGAAAUGGAUUUUUGUUGUCAUUAUGUUUAAAGAGAAUGACUUAAUUUUGAUUAGGUGGCAUUUUAAAUUGUAGAUUUGUCUUCCUGGAAACGUUUCUAUUUUACAGUUUUUAAGUUUAAUAUUAUCAAAGUGUAUUGCUGUUCAUUUGUCCAUUAUUCAAUCCCAGCUCUGCACCUCAACCUCACUCCCUGCAUCUCACCUUGAACUCCUCACUGAAUCAAUGGAUUAUUUGAGCUCAAUUACCAGAGUUGCCAAAUUAAUCUGGUAUGUGGGAUGUGCAAUAACUAUUUUUUGUAUUUUGGUACAAUGCUAGCAGAUACUCUUGUGCAGGGGCAAUUUUUUAUUGUUCCUUAACUCACUGGGAAAUUGAGGACUAUUUUCUGUUACCUACCCCAGUGUAUUUUUAAGUAUAUCAAUUUUUUUAAAGAGUAAAACAUGUGAAAUACAUUUUUUGUACUUAACUUGCUGUUGUUGUAUACCAGCCUUUUAAUAGUUACCUAGUGGAGGACCUAUCUUUGGACCAUAUUUUAAUGCAUUGAGUUGUUGGUGAUAAGUA